UCUAGAACUUAUAUUAAAAGAGAGUUUGGUGUUUAUACUCUGGUUUGUUUACAUCGUUCAUCAUAUUUUCAGGCUAACUUGGAUCAUGGUUGUAGUCUUGUGGCAGAAUUGGGGAGAACAUGUGGGGCGUCAAUUGCCACAUUUUUUGGCCGGAGCCACACUCACAGACGUGACCAUCACUGUGGGACCCCGUAGCAUCAAAGCUCAUCGGAUAAUAUUAGCAUUUUUUAGUCCAUUUUUCAAAAAAAUGUUGGAAGAGGUCAGCGAAGAGCGGCCUAUGGUGGUCGUGUUUCCUGGAGUCAACUUUGAUGCUUUGCAGGUCAUUGUUGCUUACAUGUACCGAGGCCAGGUUAAUGUUCCAGCAGAGCUUCUACCCCAUGUCAUUGAGCUUGCAAAGAUGCUGAAAGUGAAAGGUCUUAUUGAAUUACCUGCUCAGCUGGACACUGUCAUUGCAGGGUCUGGAGGAAAGGUUGCAACUGCACAUGAAGCUGGGAAUCAAGAGCACCUGGACAUGCACCAUGAAGAUGAAGGGUUGGUAGAGUUUGAAGUAACUGCUGCAGAACAUGAGCCAACAGUCACCAGCAAUACACAGCAGCAGUCAGUCAACACCCACAACCCCAUCACAGUGAUGACCCAGAAUUCAGCAGAUGUUCAGCCAGUAUCUACUAUUCAGAUUCAGCACUCAGAACACCCUGAAUCAGAAAAGAUGGAGGCUGCAGUUGCUAGGAGAGUGGAAAUUGCAAAGGGUGAGGUUGAAGAUGAAGAUGAACACGUGCUCAUUCAGCCAGAAGAUAUUCAGUUGUCUACAGUUGAUGAUCUGACUCACACACAGAUAGUUAAGCUGAGUGAGAAUGGAACUGUGGGUGAGGUGCUGUUUAGUGGUGACUACAUCCAUAGUGAGAGAGCUGGAGAUGAUCACCAUGCUUCUGCAGAUGAUUCAUUGUGUUUACAGGAAGGGCAAGAUUAUUCUGCAUCUAAAAAGAGGCGGAAAGUGAUAUACAAGUUAGCAAGAUAUGGGCCAGAAGAUCUUCAGAGAGCAAUAGAAGAUGUGCGUUCAGGUAUGGGAACACUGCGUGAGAUUGCUGAGAGAUAUGGUGUUCCGCAUUCCACUCUGUCUGUAAAUGCACGGAUGGCAGGAAUUUCAGUUCAGCAACGAAACCUGGAUUAUGAUAAUGAGACACUAGAAGCAGCUAAGCAAGCAGUAAAAGGAGGAUCAAGCUACAUGAAAGUAGCUCGGGAGUAUAAUAUCCCUAAAUCAGUGCUUUGGAGGCGGUGUCAGAGAGAGGGUGUGCUAAGAGGAGAAGCCCGUCGUUGCUACAACUAUUCCCCUGACGACAUAGACCAAGCACGGCAAAUGCUGCUCGGUGGACGGCCACUCUCCACCAUUGUCAAAGAUACAAAGAUUCCAAAGACAACUUUAUUUCGCAUCAAAGAACAACUAGUGAGAGAGGGAAAGAUGCCAGCCUCAUGUAUCAACCGUUCCAUUCGUCCUCGAAGACCCUCUGAAAAUUCUCUACAACAAGCCAUCACAGCAUGCAAGGAGGAAGGCAUGUCUCAAGGCAGAGCAUCUGAGAAGUUUCAGGUCUCAAAGACUACAGUGUGGCGUCGUCUGAAGAGAAUGAAGCAGCUGGAUCCAGACCAAAGAAAUAGUGAGAAUGAGAUAGACAGACAGAAUGUAAAGAUUGAGGUGGUUGAUAAUAUCUCUGGAGAUCAUCUUGCCGAUACUUAUGAUGAAGGAAUCACAAUGAGAUAUGCUGAAGAUGGAGAUUUACGAUAUGUAGAUACCAUAGAUGGCCAAAACUCUGAGGAAAGAACACUUGAUUGUGCUACUGUAAGUGCUAAAUAUGGAAACUUGAGUGGUACUGAUAAAUUGCUUCAAAAUAAAGAUGCUGGGCAAUCAAAGAUGGGGACAGAAAAGCACGUUUCUUAUGAAGUUGUACCUGAAUCUUCUAUAGUACAAAGUGAAGGCCAGAAUAUUGUUAUAGCCAGUUCCCAGUCUUCCUUCAUUGACAGUAAACAUCUUGGGAUAUUUACAAGUGAGGGACACAUGAUUCCUGCAGGAGAGCAGUUAACUAUUACCCAAGACAAUAAGGUGGUUCCAGCAACAGAAGGAUCAAGAGAAAAUGCAGGAAAUACCCAGUUUGAGUUAGAAAUGCCUUUGAUGAAUCUCCCAGGUGGAGGAUACCAGGUUGUUGGGAGUGAGAUUGUUAUAGGAGGCCAGCAGAUGGUUGUCUUAGAGCCAUCUGGAUCAAACCCUCACCACCCAACCAACAGUGACCACCAUCUGGUUGUUGCUUCAUUCAGUCAGAUGGAUGGAUUGGAUGACCUCUCAAAGGUGGAGAGGACUGUCAGUGUUGAAAAUCUCGAAACAGAGAACCAGCAAGUUCAAGAUAUGAAACAAGAAAGUUCAAGACCGCAACAGAACUCAGAUUAGUGAUAUUCAUUCCAUAUUUCUGAGUUGAAGCUGAAUGUAUGCGAAGGUUUACAAGCAGGCUUUCUGUUUCAUAUUUCAGGCCAAAAUCUGAAAAAUAUUUUCUAGCAUCAUUUAUAUUAUCCUUAUUAUUGUUAUUGUUAUUAUUAUUAUUAUUAUUAUUAUUAUUGUUAUAAUAAUAAUAAUUAUUAUUAUUGUUGUCAUUAUUAUUAAUGUUGUCAUAUUGUUAUUAUCACUAACAUAAUUGUUUAUGAUUACCAUGAUUCUCUUUAUUAUUAUUAGAUUUUUUUUUUAUUAUUGUACAUACAAGAGAACAGUGAAAAAGCUUGUGUGAUAAGGUAAACAUAUUCACAAAGUAUUUCCACUACUUUGCUGAAAUGGAUUAGAAAGUCAUUGAUAAGAAAUAGCUCUUUUCUUUAGAAGUUAGGCCUAUAAUGAAAAAAGUGAAUGGUGCAAAGAAUGAAAAUUUGAAUAGUAAUACUAAAGACCACCUCCUUCAUGUAAACUAAUAAUUUCUCACUUAAAUUGUGCAUGUAUUUUCCAAAAUGAUGUGAAAUUGUAAUAUCAGUCAUAUAUUUUUUAUAAGCUGCUCCAUAUUGGAGAGAUUUUUGUAAAUAGACUUCCUACCUUGUAUGGUAAUACAGCAGGUAAAAAUAUCACAGAGCCUUUUUCCCCUUCUUGAAAAACUAGUUGAUUAAAUGAAAUAUAUUUUCAAGAAUUCCCAAGGGAACUUGCAAAAAUUUUAUCUACAUCAUAACAUCAAACCAGUGGGAUAUUUACCAACCAAUAUGUUUUGUCAUUAUUUCCUGGUAUGCAGUGGUUCCUACUUUGUGUUUAUGUAAAAGUAGUUUGAAUUCUAGUUGUUGCAUUAACUGCAUUAUGGAGUGUGAAGCGUUCCUUUGUCAGUGAGUUGUUGUUUUUCAAUAAUUUUCUUCCCUAUUUUCUUUCUUUUUCUAUGAUUAUUACUUGACAAAAACAUACCUACUGAGUAGAUAUAUUUACUGUCUAAAAGAUGUACAUGAUACUACUGACUCAAAAACAGCCUCCCAUCAGGGCUGGUGAUUACUUUUUCUAGUCACAUGUUCACAAGAAUUGAAGGAAUUCCACUGAAAUGCAAGAAUGCUAUGCAUGGAAUCAAAAAUAUGUGUGAAUUUUGCCAUAUGAUUAUAAUCCUAGUAACCAAAGCCACCAUAUAAAAGACAAGGUCUAAUAGAACAUAACUGAGGCUGAUGAUACAAGUUGGCUCACCACUAUCAAUAGCAACAGUAGUAGUCUAGAGGACUCUGAACUCAAAAGCCUUCACUGGGAAAUUUAUAUAUUCCAGAAUAUGUAGCCAUGUAAUUCAUAUUUUGAUAAAUAACAUUUUAGGUAUAAAUGUAGAUUCACAGUAAGGACUGCCUUCACACCUUUCAGAGGUUACAGAUUUUACUUGUUGAGUAGUCUUGGUAAAGAGAAUUUAUCCAAGGUUUUCAAACUAUGUAUUAAAAGGUAGGAAAGAAUGUAUUUUAUUAAUUUCUUUUAAAGCAACGUAGACAGAAGAUGUAAAGUAUGAACAGCAUCCUGGAUGCAAUACUUGACAUUUUUAUGUUGUAAUUAUAUUUAUUUUGGAUAUUCUUGCAUAAUGACGAAUAAUGACUGGACAGCCUGUAGGCUUGCACAGAACUUAGAAAAUUUAAUUAUUGUAUCAAACAGAUUCCAGAAAUCAAGGUCAUUAAGAUUAUACACUUUUUUUUCUAACCAUGCCUCAAAAUUGCAUGAUUUUUCUUGCAUUAAUGGUAAGGAGAAAAUUAAUAGAUUUCUGAUAAUGAA